CGAGUUUUGUAACAGGGAUUAUUGGACCCAGCAGACCAUCCCUGGAUCCAGGUUAACAGUCUGCAUUUCCAUCUGAACCGCGGGAAGAAAGGGUAGCUGGUCGGUGGGAUUCCUGCUCCACGGACACGAUGCUUUCCAAGCUAGCUCGUCUGCAGACGGUGGCGGGGCUUUGUCGGGGCGCCCACACGUCAGUGGCUUCUGCUACAUCGGUGGCGACUAAGAAGACGGUCCAAGGCCCUCUAUCCUCUGAUUACGUUUUUGAACGGGAAUCCAAGUAUGGCGCUCACAACUACCACCCCUUACCGGUCGCCCUGGAGAGAGGGAAAGGCAUCUACCUGUGGGAUGUGGAAGGCAGGAAGUACUUUGAUUUCCUGAGCGCGUACAGCGCCGUCAACCAAGGGCACUGCCACCCAAAGAUCGUGGACGCCCUGAAGAGCCAGGCGGAGAAGCUGGCGCUGACCUCGCGCGCCUUCUACAACAACGUGCUGGGCGAGUACGAGGAGUACGUCACGAAGCUCUUCAACUACCACAAGGUCCUCCCCAUGAACACAGGAGUGGAGGCCGGAGAGACGGCUUGCAAGCUUGCACGGCGGUGGGGCUACACCGUGAAGGGCAUCCCCAAGUACAAGGCCAAGAUCGUGUUCGCAGCUGGAAACUUUUGGGGCAGGACUAUGUGUGCCAUCUCCAGCUCCACGGACCCCAGCAGCUACGACGGCUUUGGCCCCUUCAUGCCUGGAUUCGAGAUCAUUCCCUACAACGACCUGCCUGCUCUCGAGCGUGCUCUUCAGGAUCCAAACGUUGCUGCGUUCAUGGUCGAACCCAUUCAGGGCGAGGCGGGCGUCAUUGUCCCCGACCCAGGCUACCUGAUGGGUGUGCGCGAGCUCUGCACCAGGCACCAGGUGCUGUUUAUUGCCGAUGAGAUCCAGACGGGACUGGCCAGGACUGGUCGAUGGCUGGCGGUCGACCAUGAAAACGUCAGGCCUGACCUCGUCCUCCUGGGCAAGGCCCUUUCCGGCGGCCUGUACCCUGUGUCGGCGGUGCUGUGUGACGACGAGAUCAUGCUGACCAUCAAACCCGGGGAGCACGGCUCCACGUACGGAGGCAACCCCCUGGGCAGCCGCGUGGCCAUCGCCGCCCUCGAGGUCCUGGAAGAAGAGAACCUCGCGGAGAAUGCGGACCGCAUGGGCGCCCUCCUGCGGAACGAACUCAUGAAGCUGCCCUCGGACAUCGUGACCGCUGUGCGCGGGAAGGGGCUGCUCAACGCCAUCGUCAUCCGGGAAACCAAAGAUUACGAUGCUUGGAAGGUGUGCCUGCGCCUUCGAGAUAAUGGACUUCUGGCCAAGCCCACCCACGGCGACAUCAUCAGGUUCGCGCCUCCGCUGGUCAUCAAGGAGGACGAGGUCCAGGAGGCCGUGGAGAUCAUCAAUAAGACCAUCCUGUCUUUCUGAGGGGCCUGCUGCCCUGGGGGCGGGGCCUGCUGCCCUGGGGGCGGAGCCAGCUGGGCUGGCAGCUUGGCCACAUCCUCAUAACAGCCUCUGCGUUGCUGCUCUCAGUGCGGGCACGUUCCACUCCUCUGUCUUCAAGGACCUUUUUAAAUAUGUUCUUUUCAGUUCAUACGUGCUAGAGCGGCAUUUAUAAUCACGCAGGUGGCUGUGUAAGAGAACGUGCGGGCGUCUGUUUGGUCACGUGUGUGUGCUGAGGUGAGAUGCUCCCUCUGUAUGUAGGCAGCCUUUUCAGCAAGUCCCGUGUGGUUUUUACAGGUUUUUAUCAUUUUCUCGCUGGUGUAAAUGUAUUAUAUUUCAAAAAGUUAUAUGAGGUUUUACAUAGAAGACUGCUUUAACUUUGUAAAGUUGAAUCAUAAUCACUGAAUUUUAGGAAGGUUGAAAUGGUUAAGCUUAUAUAAAGUACUAGGUUUAAAUAAACUUUACAUUAGCCAACA